AUGAGCAUACAGUUUAACGCUCGAAAAGCUCUCGAAGUGCUCGCCGAUAACGAGAGCGAGGGAGCAACUCGUGAAAAACUCAAAAUUCUCAAUCAACUCUCCACCAUCAACAAUGUCAACAUUAUUCCCAUCGAAGUCAUUCAACUCAUUGUUGAAAUUUUAGGAAGUACCGAAAAUCGAAUGAUCAUCAACUCAAUUCUCUCCGCCAUACAACAUUUGGCUCAAUUUGACAGAACCCGAAUUGUCAUUGGAGAAAACACAGAUUGUAUCAAAUUACUCGUUCCACACAUGUCGCAAUUUAAUUUUCCGAAUAUUCAAUCGAAUGCGUUGGACGCGAUGGCAGAAUUGAUUAAAGGAAGUAAGAAAAAUCAAGAAACUUUGAUUGAAUAUGCUUCAGAGUUUUUCAAUCCAUUGAUGGGUAUCAUUCAGAGAGAAAAUGAUACUGUUACAAAAAAGGCAAUUGCUGUGUUGGAUACCUUGUUUGAAAAUCCACAUUGUGUGCAUGUUAUUUUUGGUGAUAAUGAUCGAUUUGAAGAAUAUUUGGAACCAUUAAUUAUUUGUCUUCAGAUGGAAAAUAAUCGAACCGUGUUGCAAUGGACUUUGCAAACACUUGAAUCUGCAUGUCGUCAACAUCCAAUUCAUGCCAAACAUUUGGUGGAUAUUGGCGUCAUUGAUCCACUCGUUCAGGUUGUGAUUGAUCCUUCCAAUUUCUCAUUUCCAACCAUUCGUUGUGUGGCCAUGCAAACAUUGGUUCAUUGUGUGAAAUUUUCAAAUGAAGCAGGACAAUGGGCAGGUGAAUCUGGAGUUGUGACACCAUUGAUUGAUACCAUGUUUCACACAUCAUUGGAAUUGAAUUCCAAACACAUUACUCAAUCGUAUGCACUUUCGAAUGAAACAAUUGCACUUCGAGAAGCUGCUUUUGAAUUAAUGAUGAAUUUAACAAAUUUUGUUCCAGGCAAAAGCCACACUCGACUUUUAAAUAAUUCAACACUUCUUGUGCAGAAUGACAUCGAUCACACCACUUCAAGUGAAGAACAAAAAGAAGAAAAGAAGAAGGAGACUAUUUUGGAUUCAUCUUCAUCCAUCAACAAGUCACUCAAUCCCUAUUUUGACGAAACUGAAGAAAAGAAACAAGACGUUGAUCUUUUAGAAGAAAAUAAGAAACGAGUCAUUUCUCAUACACAUGGUCUCGAUGUGUUAUUUGCAUACGUGGGUCAAGCAGAUCCCUCUGAAAAGGCAGAAGUUAAAGAAAAGAAACACGUUCGAAACGUUAGAAAGAUGGCUAUUAUGAUCAUUUCAAAUGUGUGUACCAUUGCUGAAAAUGGAAUUGCUGUCUUGUCAAGAGAACAAAAAUUAUUGAGCUUUGAUCAUCCAAUGAAUAUCGUCGAUUUAUUAUUGGAUAUCAUUAUUAACAAGAAGGAUAAGGAUGCUGCUGCUGAAUCAAAGAGAAGAGCAACAGAAGUUUCCAAAAUUGACAAGAUGGAUCUCAAGCAAUGUAUUAUUAAUGCAAUGGGUUCCUUCGCUCUUCAUGAAUCUUGCAUUCAAAAACUUGGUGAAAUGGGUGUCAUUCGUAAUUUAUUGAAAAUGAUUGACGAUCGAAACGAAGCUGCUGAAGUUGCCAAACUUCUCGCAAAAAUGUGUGAACAUUCCAUUUUCCAAAAAGUGCUAUUCGAAGAAGCUGGUCUUCAACGUGUCAUCAAAUUGUUAGAUUCUGUCGAUGAUCCAGAAUAUCGUAUGGCUGGUCUCAAGAUUUGUUUGCCUCUUGCGUCAAAUCCAAAUGGUUGUGUGGCAUUGUCACGCGACGGAAUUGACAAGAGAAUUCGAGACAUUUCAAAGAGAGAGGUCGUUUUCGAAGAAGUUCGUAAAUUGGCCAAACAAGUUCUAAAAGUUUUUAAGGAAAAUAACAAAUCCUCGCUGCGUUCCACAAAAGCAGCAGUCGGAGCAUCGGAUGAAUCUGGAUUACCCAUUCAAAACAUGAACAUCUUCAAGUUCAACUAUGAACAAGUGGCAAGAAUUGAUCAAGAUUUCGUUGAAGAAUGCCAAAAGAAAGUUCGUGAUUUAUUGAAACAACCAAAAUUCAGAUUACAAAUCAAUUGGCGUCAAAUUGAAAGAUUGGGAGAAAUGAACUAUUCUGAUGAGGCUAUUAGUUUACUUGCUCGUGUUGAUCUCUAUGACGAAUUUGUGAUGGCUGUGGAAACAUUUAUUGAAGCUGCCGAAAUGAAUGUUCAUGUCUUUAAUUCACAAAUUCAAUUAGUGGUAUUGGAAGUGUUGCCACCACAACCUAAAAAACCAGGCGAAGAAGACGAAGCAGUUCCUUGUGAAUUAGAAAUGGGCGAUUUGGUGAUGAAAUACAAACUUUCACCAGAUGGUAUUUUGUGGACUCCAAAACAAUUAGCUGGUUUGAUUAGUUAUGAAUUAUUGGGCUACGAUAUCAUUGAAACCAAUGACAUGUUAAUUGGUGAUGGAGAAUUGGAUCGUGACGAUCAGUAUGAACUUGGUGUUGAACAACUUCGUAAGAUUUGCAAAGAUUCUCGAUUGGCUCUAUUGGGUGAUAUUAACAUUUUAUAUUUCCAUAUUGAAAUGACAGAUCUAUUAUGGAAAGCUGGUUUUGCGGAAUCUCAACAAAUUGUUGCCUCUCGUAGCGUCAUUUCCAAUGAGGAACUUUUCAUUAAGGGUUGGCGUAUUGCAAAAAUGAAUAAGGAUGGUAUGCUUCAAGAAAGAGUCCUCCUUUUGACCAAUUGCUCCUUUUACACCGUUUGUUUUGAUCCAAAAUCCAAAAAGAUUGAUUACAAACACACCAAACAUCACAACAUUGAGGAUUAUUUCCUAAUUGACAUUGGAAAAUUAGUGAAAUCUCGUCACGAUACUACCUCUUCUACCGUUCACUUACACGAAGACGGCAGAAACAAGUAUGCUCUCAAUUUAUUCACCAAUGAGAAGAAAACAUCCAAGAGUCAAACCAAACUCCAAGAAGAAGCGGACGAGUUGGAAAAAUUGAAACGUAUGAGUUCUGCUUAUUUCGCACCACUUCCAACCACUGGUGGAAGUAGUGGAAGUGGAAAUAACAGUGAACAUGAAGAUGGUGAUCAUCAUUCCUCUUCACAUACUGAUGAAGAUUCUGAUCUCAUGACUGAAACGUUGAAGAAUGAAACAUCCUUCAUGAAAACUCUCGAUCUGCAAGCGGAUGAUUCUUCUCAUGAUCCAGAGCGACCUUCCACAAUUGGAAAAAGUUCAACCAUUUUAUUGUGUCCAGAUUCCAUUCCAAGAGCUAAACAAAAAUUCUAUCUCGAAGAAAUUGCUUGGUGCAUGAGAGCUGUGGCCAGUGCUGCCACUCGAACUGAAUGUCACAAUAUUUAUUACAGAGAUAUUGUGAAACCUAUUGAAGGAAAAUUAGCUCGUAUUUACAAUAUUACUGGUAUGGGUAAGAAGAAGGACAAUUCUUUUAUUGCAAAACAUAUGGAAACAAAGAUGAGAAGGGAACAAGAGAAACAGGAAGAACGUGUUCGUCAAGCUCAAGCUAAGGGAGCUAAGAAUGUGAAAGGAAGUACUGCUUCUGAACAGAAAUGA